CGAUUCAGUUUUGGUGGGUUAGGUAAGUUAAGUCCGGUUUAAUUUCACAUGCCGACUAACCGCCAGCAAUUACUGAAUCGAUCAAACCAUUGUUGACAUAAGUUUGGUUUCCUUGUCUCUCCCAAAUCUUCAAACAGCUUUGUCUCUUUGCGAUCAGAUCUCACCGGAGACGCACAAAUUCGCGAAGAGCGAUGGCUUCAGGUUUCAGCGGCGAUGAAACUGCUCCCUUCUUCGGAUUCCUCGGCGCCGCCGCCGCUCUCGUUUUCUCCUGUAUGGGAGCAGCGUACGGGACAGCUAAGAGCGGGGUUGGUGUGGCGUCGAUGGGUGUGAUGAGACCAGAGCUUGUAAUGAAAUCGAUAGUUCCGGUGGUUAUGGCUGGUGUGUUAGGUAUUUACGGUCUGAUCAUAGCUGUCAUCAUCAGUACUGGAAUCAACCCAAAGGCCAAGUCUUACUAUCUCUUCGAUGGCUAUGCUCAUCUCUCUUCCGGUUUAGCUUGUGGUCUCGCCGGUCUCUCCGCCGGUAUGGCUAUCGGAAUCGUCGGCGACGCCGGUGUAAGAGCGAAUGCACAACAACCAAAGCUGUUUGUGGGAAUGAUUCUGAUUCUCAUCUUUGCUGAAGCACUUGCGCUGUACGGUCUUAUUGUUGGUAUCAUCCUCUCUUCUCGUGCUGGUCAGUCUAGAGCCGAGUGAAACCAGAACGUCUCUGUUCUUAUGUGCUAAAUCCUUGUAAUGUUUUUAGAUAUGUUUUCACUUCCGAUACUCAUGGCAUUGCGAGUUUUUUGAUUUUCUCAUGAAUAACAAGCAAAAAUCAUUUGCA